AUGAGCGAACAAAAGAAGGUCGUUGAACCUCCAAAAAUGGACCAAGUGAAAUCGUUUCUUGGUGGUGGAUUUGGUGGUAUUGGUGCUGUAUUGGCCGGUCAUCCAUUCGAUACAUUAAAAGUGCGAUUACAGACAUCCAAUGAGUACUCUGGUUUGGUAGAUUGUUUCAAAAAGACUGUUGCAAAAGAAGGUCUGCUCGGUUUAUACAAGGGAAUGUCGUCUCCUUUGAUUGGUGUUACUCCUAUGUUUGCUCUCUCCUUCUGGUCAUACGACUUGGGCCAGUCCCUCGUAUACCAAAUGACUCCCAAACGCGAAACAAAGGAACUAUCCAUGCUAGAAUUCGCUAUCGCUGGUGGCUUCUCCGCCAUCCCAACCACAGUAAUCACAACACCAAUGGAACGAGUCAAGGUCGUGCUCCAAACACAAGAUCAGAUGCCUGCUGGAACAAAACGGUAUAAGGGCAUGUUUGAUGCCGGCGCUGGAAUGAUGAAGGAAGGUGGUUUGUCGUCCUUGUAUAGAGGUACUAUUGCUACUUUGGCUCGUGAUAUUCCUGGAUCUGCUGCAUAUUUCGUUGCUUAUGAGGCCGUGUAUCGUGCCUUGAAGCCAAAGGGACAGGAGAGUUUGUCUGUUGGAGCUGUUAUAUUUGCUGGAGGUAUGGCUGGUGUCGCCAUGUGGUCCAUUGCAAUCCCACCAGAUGUCCUCAAAUCAAAAAUACAAGCUGCACCUGCUGGAACCUACUCAGGAUUCACCGAUGCGCUAGUCAAAACAGUCAGGAAUGAAGGGCCUGGUGCGCUCUUCAAGGGUCUAGGACCUGCAUUAUUGAGAGCCUUCCCAGCCAACGGAGCUGCAUUCUUAUUCAGAGCAGCUUCAUUAGAAGUCAUGCAUAAAAUGUGGUAG